UCUCUCUCUCUCUCUCUAUAUAUAUAUUUCCUUUUUACUUGUCUUUGUACAGAGCAUUCUCCGGCGUUAGUUAUUAUCUCAGCCAAAUGUCGGAUAGCAGCAGCUGUGUUGAUGUGAAGGUGAAUGAUUCAAUCAAUAAUAGUAAGCUGGAGUUAGAUGAAGAUAAGAAAGAUGGUUGUGAUUAUUCUGUCGACGAAUUAAAAUUCUCAAAUACUUGCGCUUUUGAUGAUGAUGAUGAUAAUAAUAACAACAACACCUCUCAAGGCUCUCAUGACUUGGAUCCUGUCCUGGUCCCUACGGAAAACCCUAAACAUCCAAUCCUCCAUCUUCAGGAAGAGGAGGAUGACAUUAUGAUGAAGAAGAAGAAAUAUGGAGGUUUGCUACGAAAGAAACCAUCAUUGAUAUCCAAGGAUCAUGAACGAGCUUUCUUUGAUUCUGCUGAUUGGGCAUUGCGCAAGCAAGCUGGAACUGCUGACAGAGCCAAGGGAGGAUCCCUUGAAGUACUUCUGCCUAAACUCGAGCCAACUCCACAUCAUCAACUUAGUUCAAAAAGAUUAGCUUAUGCUUCUUCUUCAACCAAUGACGAGUUUAAUCACGAAAACCUUUCGGAUGCUGUUAAGUUUGAUGGGGACGAGGAUGAGCUCAUUCCAGAAAAGAUCUAAGAAAUUCAUCUUUUGGUGUCAUUGCAGGCCUUUUAUUGAUAUUAUUUGCAUGAAAUAAGACAAUGUUGUCAUGUUUGAUUAAACCUAUACUUCAUCUUCAUCUUUCUCAAAAUGAAUAUUGUUUAAUAUAUAUCAAUCUAUGAUAGAAUAUCCAGCAACUAAGACUUUAGAUGGGUAUAAUCUGUUUAUUUGUGAAGAGUUUUUAAUUUGCUUUUGAUUGAAGGAUAAAGAGGGAAACACUAAUAUAUU